AUGGCAACGAGCGAGGGCCGCGAGGAAAUGGUUGGGAUCUUCUUGCGCAACAUCCCCGCGAAGUGUGACCAGGGAAUCUUGUGCGGAUUCCUGCACACAAAGGGUCUGACGGAUUUUGAGGUCGAGAUGGCGCUUUUUCCAGAUGGCAAGUCGAGGGGAUUUGCUGUAAUCCAUUGCUGCCAAAUGUCUGUGCAGACAUUCGUCAGCCACGUUCACGGAAAGUUCCUCCCGGGUUUUCAAAAGACAACUCCACUUCGCUGCGAGGCAUUGCGGGGCAAAGGACCGCGGAGAUACCGUCAGAGCGCAUGCCUCGUGCACGGAGAGCCGGCACAGCCCGUGCCACCCGGACCUUGUGGAAAUCAGACCAACCGCGCUUUCAACGCCAAUACCAUGGAGGCAGGUUAUGUUGGACCGACUGAAUCAGGCAGCCCGGCAGAUAUGACCUUGGACCAGCAGCCAGCUUGCACGAUAGUAUUAAGCGCCGAGGGGAAACUUAGCUUUUUUCUCUAG